UUCACAAUGAACGCUAAGAAUAAUAAUAAUAAUAAUUAUAUGACAUCUUACAAAGCGGGUCAUGAAUUGAUACCCAACGUACCGUUCGAGAGCAACGUAUCGUCACUGGACCCUGGAAUUGAAUCAAAAUCCAAUAUUCCAGAGUUAAAACAAUGGAAUUAUGACACGUCGACAAACAUUCAUCAUGGUUUUAAAAUUAAUGCAAUAGAUCCAAUUCAGAAAUCUACGAAAUUAAAUAUUGACCAAAUUCAGUAUAUGAUGUCUCAUUUGGAAAAAUAUCAGUCAAAUCCUUCAAAACCGAUGUACAUACCAUCAACUGAGUACAAUGAUAAAUACAUGCAACCAAAAUUGAUGUCGAACAUCGAACAAUUACCAAAAACGAUUUGCGGUCAAACACCAAUUGCUGAAAAACGUCUUGACACAAUGCUAACACUAAAAGUUAGUGAUGCUGGAGCAAUUAGAAAAGUAGACCCAUAUGUUAGUACUCAGAAAUUAGAUUACAUUAAAAUAAAUCCAGAUACAGCAAAACAAUUAAAUUCUAAAUAUUCAAAAUUACAAUACAUUAAACCAGCAUACAAACCAUUUUAUGAUGAACCAAUAUUCAAUAGAAAAAAUGCUAUACGUUUACUGCCAAAUACUUUAAAACACAUUCCACACAAUGCUCUCUUAUCUGAGAUGAGAGCUUCUUAUAAAAUACCAUUUUAUGCAUCAACAUUAGUGAAUACUGUUGAAAUGCCAAUAUCCAUUUCAAGGAAUUUAACUUUAUCUCAAUUAUUGUCUGUACCUGGGAUGUACACAAGUGAAUACUCAAAAAUUGGUGGAAAUUAAUAACACACAAAUUAUAAGAUAGUAAAUAAUUAAAUGAUUAUAAAAAUAUAAUUUUACAAUACUCAGACUUGU